AAGGAAAUUAUGCUGAAAAACAGAAUGGACUUCUGGAAUCUGGCAAUCAAAAUUAUUUUCUUAUCACAAACUACAACUGGAAUUUUUGGCAAUUUCUCUCUUAUAUUCUACUAUCUAGGUGUUUACUACAGAGAAUGCAAACUGAAGCCCACAGAUUUGAUUCUCAUGCACCUAAUGGCAGCCAAUGCCUUGAUCAUCCUCUCUACAGGAGUUCCCCACACAAUGGCAGUUUGGGGAUUAAAGAAGUUUUUAAGUGAUUUUGGAUGCAAGCUCAUAGUGUACAUUCAAGGAAUUGUCCGGAGUGUGUCCAUUGGAACCACAUGUCUCUUGAGUGUCUUUCAGGCCAUCACCGUCAACCCCAGGAAAUCUUGCUGGAAGAAUCAUAAAGUCAAAGCUGAGGAGUACAUUGGAUGUUACAUAUUCAUUGUCUGGAUCUUGUACAUGUCGAUACAUUUCACUUUCUUUGUGUACACCUUUACCAAAGUAGAUACAAAAAAUGUGACAAGAAAGCGAGAUUUUAAAUACUGCUCCACUGUGGGGCAUGAUGAAAUUAAUGACUCCCUCUAUGCAGCGUUGGUAGUAUGUCCUGAAGUCUUCCUUUCUGGGCUCAUUGCGUGGUCCAGUGGUUCCAUGAUUGUCCUUCUGUUCAGACACAAGCAGAAAGUUCAACACAUCCACAGCAGUCAUGAUUUCAGAAGGAUUUCCCAUGAGUCCAGAGCCACAAGGAACAUCCUGGCUCUAGUGUCUAUCUUUCUGGCUUUUUAUACUCUGUCCUCCUUCUUAAGAGGCUGCAUUGCUCUUUUUCAUAAUCAUAGUUGGUGGCUAGUGAACAUCACUCCUCUUGUUUCUCUUUGUUUUCCCUCUUUUGGACCUUUUGUUCUUAUGAACCAUUACUCUGUCAUGCCCAGACUCAGUUUUGUCAGGAGAAACAAUAAACUCCCUUAA